CAGUGCGGCAUUGGCACACACGAUGGCAAAGGAAGUGCAAGUCCUGCUCUCCCCACUCAAAGGGGGGCAUCCCCCUGCAGUGAAAGCUGGAGGAAAACGAAUUCCCAAAAAACAAGAAAUUGGAGUCUUGGAGAGACAUUCCAAAAAAUCAGGAUUAGAGAAAACAAGUGCCAUUGCAAAUGCGGCCAAAAUACAGACGUUGGAAGUCCUGAAUGAUGCUCUGGAGAAGCUCCACCAUAAAUUCCCAGCAACAGUACACACAGCACAUCAAAAACCCACACCUGCUCUGGAGAAGGUCGCUCCACUAAAGAGGAUCUACAUUAUUCAGCAGCCUCGGAAAUGUUAAGCCUGCACGUAAAACCCAGCCGUCUGGCUGACUGCCUGCAGCAUCUGCCGGCUAAGCCAAAGGGAUCAACACUUCCCAUAGGCCUGGUGUACUUGCUUGGUAAAUAAAGCAGCUUUUGUAUCCUCCCUUUUGACUUUAGAUAAUAAAGCAUCUCAAAUUGCAAAUC